AUUACCGUUAGAUUACACGUACGAAGACGAUAACGUGAGAUGCUCGUGUUGAAUGAGCAGGUGAGGGACACAAUUUUUACACCAAUCAAGAAUAUUCGGCCGUGUGACAUAAACUGUACGGCAGUUAAAAAUAUUCGAUCGUCUGAUAAAAAGAAACUCUCAGCGUCAAACGUUGAAUUUUUAAAAUCAUUGGGAUUCGUCGUACGAAAUAUCUAAGAUGUCUAACAUCUUGAACAUUGGAGGCGAGCCGAUCUUUGACGAUAGCAUCGUCAAGAUUGAGACUCAUACGUACAAUCCGUACGCCAACACCACUUUUAGAUGAAAUAAGGAUACCCAUACAACAGCAAGAUUUAUACACGUUACCAUGUGAAAGUUUUCUCUACGUCGAAGGAAGAUUGGUGGUGAAGAAGAAAGACGAUAAGGAUAAAGAUGAGAUAAAUCUCGGAAAUAAUUGUGUGGCGUUCAUGUUUGAUGAAAUUCGAUAUGAACUCAACGGCGUGGAAAUUGAUCGCAACAGAAACGUUGGAAUAACCAGCACUCUCAAGAACUAUGUAUCGUUAACAUAUGACAAAGCAGUAAUUAUGCAGAAUGCAGGAUGGGAAUUUUCAUAUAACCUACCAGAAGGAUACUUCAACUUUUGUGUACCGCUUAGUGUAUUAUUGGGUUUUUGCGAAGAUUACAAACGCGUGAUUGUUAACGCUCGUCACGAAUUGAUCUUGAUACGAGCGCGCAACGAUAACAAUUUUAUCGUCGGAAAUUCUACGGCUCAACCGGAAAUUGAAUUAUUUAAAGUGCAGUGGCGAAUGCCGCAUGUUACGUUAAACGAAGUCAACAAAUUAUCAUUGCUGCGAGCUUUGGAGAGUGGACAAUGUCUAAGUAUGAGUUUUCGCUCCUGGGAUCUGUAUGAGUACCCUUUGCUGCAGAGUACGACAAAACAUUCAUGGGCUGUUAAAACUGCAAUUCAGCUCGAGAAACCGCGCUUCGUUAUCUUUGCAUUGCAGACUGGUCGAAAAAAUAUCAUGUCACAAGAUGUUACAAUCUUUGACGACUGUAAUUUGACCAACGUAAAACUUUAUCUAAACUCCGAAUUUUAUCCGUAUGACGAUAUGAAUUUAGACUUUCGUAAAUCUAGAUAUGCAAUUCUGUAUGACAUGUAUCGACGUUUUGGUAAAUUUUAUUAUGGAUAUAAGUGUGAAACGCUGCUCAACGUAAUCACAUUCCUAGAAAAAGGGCCUUUUGCGGUCAUUGACUGUUCGCGACAAAACGAAUCCGUCAAGAGUGCUACCGUAGAUGUGCGCAUAGAAUUUGAUUGCAAAGAAAAUGUUCCCGCGAAUACUACCGCUUAUUGUCUCAUUUUACAUGAUCAUGUAAUUGAAUAUUGUCCGUUGUCCAACGUAGUGCGCAAAAUCAUGUAACAUCAAACUGAUAAAAACUGAGAUAUUUGGUAUUAAAGUACAGUCUUGAAGAGUUACUCAUAAUGAUCGUACCGACAUUUGUGGAUCUGCAAGGAUUCAUUGUCGAUAAAAAAUUUAUCGUAAAGGAAGUGGCAGUACUGAGAAAAGGAUUCGUUCUCACGCAUUACAUUUUUGCUAGCUCCAUGCCAUGGCGUGUUCUUACAAAAUCCGACAAGUCUUGCGCUUCUUGGUUGAUUGCAUAUCAUCAUGGAUUGCAAUGGAAAGACGGGAUGAUACCGUACAGCAUGGCGAAACGUCUGAUUACAUCUGCUGUGUGUAAUACGGAAGAUGAUGACAGAAAAACUAUCGUAUACGUUAAGGGACUUCAGAAACGAGAAUGGUUGAUAAACAUACUCGAUACCGAUGAUGGGAUAUAUAUCAAAACAUUGGAUGUGGAUUACGAAGGCAUUGAAUCUUUAAAUAAUCUAGAUGUUAGUAAUACUAUACGAUGUAAAAAACAUGUUAAGAAUUGUGCUUUACAAAAUGUAUUUAAAAUAUAUAACUGGUGGUCGCAACACCAAAAUAAUUGCGAAAUUUUUUUAAAAUAAAGAAAAAUAAAACGCAAUAAAAUGUUUAUUUCUAUCUUUUCCUGUACAUAUAAGAUAUAUAGAUGUAUGGGAAUGAUUCCCUAUUCUAUCUUAUACUUAAGAAAUAAAUAGACUUUGUAAAGUUAUACGUGUUUACUAAUAUCAAGCUUACAAAAGAAUAAUUAAUUUCUUUUUUUAAUAAACAACAUUCCUUUUUUUAAGUAUCUAAGAAACAUAAAUUGCUUGAAAUUAGUUUGAUAACAAAUAAAUAAAGAAACUAGAAAAUAACUAAAAAUGGGGAAUAAAUCGCAAGGGCUGCCACAGUACUCCCUCCCCAGCGACGUUCUACGUUGCGAAACGAACUUUCUUCUUGGGACCACAGUAUGUUCUUAAAGGUCGAGAAGGCAAAACUGAAGGAAUGGAUAAAGUGGCAGGAGAAGAAACAGCAGGAUGAUCCAGAGGAAUUUCCUUGGGUAAAAAGGCUGGUUUGAGACGUUCCGUGGAGACGUUAACAAUUUUACCUGCAAUAUCAAUAGUAAAAAGGAUCCGCAGGCAAAUCUUCAUCAAUGAAAAAUUCUCCAGGUAAACAAAGAGUAGAUCCAUAAAGCAUUUCGGCAGGAGAAGCUUGUAAAUCUUCUUUAAAACAAGUCCGAAGUCCAAGUAAAACGGAGGAAUUCCAUUAGAAGCAGGAUGAUAAGCAGAAGUUCUGACACGCUCACAGCCAAUAAGAUUAGUAAGAGCUUUAAAUAAAGCAGCCUCAAAUUGAGGACCUUGGUCCGUAGUGACUGUAAAUGGAGCACCGUAUCUUGCAACCCAGUGUGAAUAAAAGGCCGUAGAAACAAUAUCAGCAGUGACUUCAGAUAAAGGAACAGCUUCAGGCCAUCUGGAGAACCGAUCAAUCAUAGUAAGACAAUACCGAAAACCUUGACAGACAGAAAGAGGUCCAAUUAAAUCAAGAUGUAUAUGUUGAAAGCGUUGAUCUGGAACAGAAAUCUUGACAGGCCAAACAAAUUUUUGUUGAAUUUGUUUUAAAGUCGCUCUACCACUAGGAUGAGCCAAACCAUGAACAAUAUCAAAAAUUCUUCUCCGUAAACAUAAAGGAACAUAAGGACGAAUAUUCUCAGUGGAACAAUCACAAAAUAUAGGUGAAAUUGAACCAUUAGCAAGAUCUUCAAGAGAAACAAUGACAGGCAAAGAAAUAGCAUUAAUUCUUGAAAAUAAAUCAGCAACAAUAUUAUCUCUUCCAGAAAUAUGUCUGAUGUCAGUGGAAAAUUGUGCAAUAAAAUCCAGUUGACGAAUUUGCCGAGGAGAAGCUUUAUCCAUCUUCUGAUGAAAGGCAAAUAUUAAAG